AUGUUGAUUGGUGCAGAUUUUUACUGGGACGUAAUAGAGGAUCACAUUAUCCGCGGAAAUGGACCGACUGCCGUAAAAUCGAAAAUCGGUUAUAUGUUAUCCGGACCGAUAAUCGAAGCUGACACGCGUGAGCACAUAGACCACAUCUUUAAUGUUAUAACAUCACAUCGUGCGGAAGAAAGUGAUUUGGAACGAUUUUGGAGCCUGGAGAGUAUGGGUAUUACAACUGACCCAGUGGACCAGAAGCUCACUGCUUAUCUAGAACAGUACCAGCAAACAUCGAUAGAAUUCACUGAUGGUAGAUAUUCUGCAAAACUUCCAUGGAAAGAAGAUCACCCUCCAUUGCCGACAAAUUAUGAGAUUGCCAGGAAGAGGACAGAAAAUACUAUCAGAAGACUAAGUAGUCAACCACAUAUUCUGAAGAAAUAUGGAGACAUCAUUACGGAUCAAGAACAAAGAGGAUUCAUUGAGAAGAUAGAUAAUUCAGCUGAUACCCCGUCGCAAGUACAUUACAUUCCCCACCACCCGGUCAAGAAGGACUCCUCCACAACACCCAUCCGGAUCGUAUAUGAUUGCAGCUGUCGCCAGUCCCGUAACCAUCUAAGCCUGAAUGACUGUUUAGAAUCCACGCCACCUAUUAUGAACGAAUUGACAUCCAUCUUAGUGAGAUUUCGCAUGCACAAAUAUGCUGUUUGUACAGAUAUAGAAAAGGCAUUUCUACAUGUAGGCCUUCAUCCGAAUGAUCGUGACGUGACACGAUUCCUAUGGCUUAAUGACCCCGCCAACCCCGACAGUCCACUGUGUACAUACCGGUUUAAAGCAGUAUUAUUUGGCGCAACGUGCUCCCCAUUUAUACUAAAUGCUACGCUCUUAAAACAUCUAAAGUUACACGAAUCUGUCAAAGCCGCUGAAACCAUGCAGAGAGACUUAUACGUUGACAACGUCCUUUCAAGUUUCCAACUACAAGUUGAAUUACUUACCUACUUCCGAGAAGCACGGAGCCUUAUGUCGAAAGCCGGAAUGAAUCUUCGUUCGUGGACAUCAAAUAGUGCCGCCCUUAGGUCUCAAGCUGCAGCGGAAGGAGUAUUGGACAAUGAUGAGGUUACUAAAGUACUUGGUAUGCGCUGGGAACCAGUUGCCGACCAGAUGUCAUUUGCCAGACGAGAAAUCCCAUUGUUAGAGACUGUUACUAAGAGAACCAUUCUGCGAUAUUCAUCACGCAUUUAUGACCCCCUUGGGCUACUUAGUCCAGUGACGGUACGCGCAAAACUGCUGCUUCAAGAAUUGUGGAAGUUAAAUUACGACUGGGACAUACCAUUGCCUUCACAUAUUCGGCAAACCUGGACAGUCCUUGCAAACGAUUUAAAUACAGUUACAGAUGUCAAGUUUUCAAGGAAGCUCUUAAUCGAUCCUUCUGACACUGAAAAAGGAAGUACGACAGAAUGUGACACAUAUUUGCACAUUUUUGUUGACGCCAGCACAAAAUCCUAUGGGGCCACAGCAUACAUCUGCAACAAAUCUGAUUCAAAACUGGUGAUGGCAAAAAAUCGAGUAGCGCCACUAAAAUCUCUUACAUUACCGCAACUUGAGCUUAUGGCAGCAUUAGUUGGCGCACGUCUAGCUACACACCUGCAUUCGUGCUUGAACGUAUCGGACGUAACAUUUUGGUCAGAUAGUCAAAUUGUGCUUUACUGGUUAAACACAAACAAGCCACUUAAAAGAUUCGUCCAAAAUCGCGUCAUUGAAAUACAAAGCCUUACCCAACAAUAUGAAUGGAAUUACUGUCCCACAUGUGAUAAUCCUGCCGAUCUUCUUACACGCGGGAUUUCUACAGAUCAGUUUAUCAGCAAUAAUCUCUGGGAGACAGGACCGACGUGGAUUCUCGAUGGCAGAUUACCGCCAACAAAUAUAGCCAAUCUACAGUGUACAAUUCAGCAAGGAAUUCACGAUGUUAUGGACAUAGAAAGAUACAGCAGUUACCGUAAACUACUCCGUGUUACAGCUUAUGUUCUGAGAUUUAUUUCAAACUGCAAGAAACUACUAAGUGACAGACAGGUCAGUACUUUGUCGGUGAGAGAACUUUAUGAUGCCGAAAAAAAAUGGUUGUUAUCAUGCCAAGCUGUAACAUAUUCUACGGAAAUAUCGGAGAUACAGUCCAAAAUGACGUGUAGGUCACCCAUAAUCAGGCAGUUAAGGCUUUUCUUAGACGACUAUUGGCUUAUUCGCUGCAAUGGAAGAAUACAUAAUGCCUCACUGGCCGACGUCACAAAGUUCCCGUACCUUUUACCAAAGAAGCAUCCACUGACCCGCUUGAUUGUAACUGAUGCUCAUGAAAAUCAAUUGCAUUCAGGAAUUAAUUCCACCGUUACGCAACUUCGACAGAAAUACUGGAUACCCGCCAUAAGACAAUGCGCUAAGUCAGUUUUGCGUAAAUGCGUAAUUUGCCGCCGAGUUACUGGGAGACCUUACACAGCACCAGAUACCCCACCACUACCCAAGAUAAGAGUGAAAGAGUCGCCGCCAUUCAGUGUCACAGGGUUGAUUUCACAGGCGCUCUUUACGUCAAAGACAAUACCGGAAGUGAAAUCAAAGUCUACAUAUGCCUUUUCACAUGUGCUGUAA